AAUUUCCGUCUAGCCUGCACCUGACUCUCUCUUCUCUACUCGAGAAUGUCGCGCAAAGACAACCUCCAAGCAUCAGCUAUUUAUUCAACACACCAUCUCCAACUUAAAACUCUCGCUCGUGCAGACCUACUAGCGCUAGUCAGAUAUAGCAAAGGUAAUUUCCUUUAAAAGACCCAAGAUACGAUGCCAAGGUCUUUCUUGGUGAAGAAACACCUCACUAACAAGAAGCCUGACUAUGCUGUGUUGGAUUCAAAAAAACACGAGGUGAUUCAUGUUGAAUCUUCAAGCUCCAAACUUAAAAUACUGCAUCCCCAUGAGACUCCGUUUCCUGCACCAUUUCUUGGGAACUCAGCAUUGAGCCCCACUCUGCGGAUGAACCCCAUCAGUUCAGGCAUCUGUGUGCCUCCACCCAAGUCUGCCCACCCAAGCCUGCCCACAUUUCUGGGUAUCACUUACCCCCUACCUGUAACGUCCUGUCCCCUUCGAGACAUGCAGCCUGCGCUCCCAAUGCUGGAGUGUACAAAACCACAGCCAUUUCAGCUUUCCCAGAGAGACCUACAAGACAAUGUCCCUGUGUCACCUUUAGGACUGAGCACCACUGGCAGCAGUCAGGAGCGCAGUGAUGAAUGCUUUGACUGCCAGAAAGCUUUCUUGACCUUAUCUAGUCUGGCCAACCAGAGGCAAAUUCACUGUCAGUGGCAAUGCCAAAAGUACUUUAGCUGCAAGUAUUGUGACAAGGAGUAUGUGAGUCUAGGGGCACUGAAGAUGCACAUUCGGACGCACACCCUUCCAUGUGUCUGUAAACUGUGUGGAAAGGCCUUUUCUAGGCCCUGGCUACUUCAGGGACACAUUCGCACACACACAGGUGAAAAGCCAUUCUCCUGCCCCCACUGCAGUCGUGCAUUCGCUGACCGCUCAAACCUUCGGGCACAUUUACAAACCCACUCUGAGAUCAAGAAAUACCAGUGCAGAAGCUGCUUUAAAACCUUCUCCAGAAUAUCACUCCUGACAAAGCAUGAAGAGGCCGGGUGCUGCCCCAUGUCCUAAUAUGUAGUAGGUUGUGGGUUGUCAGGGUAAGUUAUAGUGCCAAAGUUUGUCAAAUCAAAGUGCCUCACAAACUCAAGAAUCUGGUAUAUUGACUGAUAUACUGUAUACUCUUUGAAUUAAAUGAACAAACUGUAAUCACAAUAUGCUGUACAUUGUGUGUGACCUUAGAAAGUUGUUAUAAUGGUAGUUGUGAUGGUUUUGUAAUGAAGGAAUUUCAAAGUAAACAAUAAAAUAAUAUUUUUCUAA